GCCAUCAAAUCUUCUCCUGGACCAAAGUAACAUUGACAUUUCAGCCUUCCGCACAACAGGUGAUUGGCUGAAUGGUUUUCGGACAGGACAGUGCAAAGACAUUUUCACAGGUGUGGAGUACAGUUCCUGUGAUACAAUAGCCAAGAUUUCUACAGACGACAUGAAGAAAGUUGGUGUUACAGUUGUGGGGCCUCAAAAGAAGAUUGUUAGCAGUAUCAAAGCUCUAGAAACUCAUACAAAGAACAGCCCUGUUCCUGUGUAAGGUACCAAAACGGUGUUUCUCAGGAGAGAAAAAAAAGAGAAAAGUUGCAUCACAGGUCAAAAGUGAUGGCUGAUAAACGGCAGAAUUUAAUGGAGUUCUUUGCAACAACUUUGGAAACAUAAUGGUUGAGAUUUCAAACCCACUAAGACACUCAAAUAUUGAGUAUAAAUGCCUUAAAAAUACGAGCAAACUUGUUUUCUAUCUGUUAAUACUAAAGGGUGGGUACUCUUGACUGACUGUUAAUGCAGAUAGUAAAUGUCAAUUGAAAAACGUAUGUUAAAAAAUCCUUCCAAGUAAAACCAGUGUUACUAAAACCUAGAGCCAUUUGAAUAUUAAGUGACUGAAUAACAGAAAAAAACCAUGGACAUAAAAGCUGUGUAUUUGAUCUAUACAGCAAACAAGAAGAA